AUGUUUCUGAAACUAUUCAAAAGAGACAAAAAGGACAAGAAGGAAAAGGGAGAUGAACGGACGAACGAUAAAAUAAGCGAUAAGAAAGGCAGCAACAACAACAGCAGCAACAACAACAGUGGCGAAAAGGCAGUGCCUCCACAGGAAAAGGUGACGAAAGAUGACUUUGAGAGUUUGGAUGUAUUAGGGAAAGGCUCCUUUGCGUACGUAGUCCUUGUCCGUCGCGUAGGCACUAACAAUUACUACGCCAUGAAGGUUGUCAACAAGCAGGGACUCCUCGAUCACAACCGCUAUCGCGAUGUAUUUAUUGAGCGUAAUGUACUAACACGCAUCAACCACCCGUACCUGCUGAAACUUUAUUGGACCUUCCAGUCGGAGCACAAGCUGUUUUUCGUGAUGGACUAUAUGCCAGGGGGCGACUUAGACAAGUACAUGAACUCCAUUCCAUCAAAGCAGCUCGACCUGUUCACGGCGAAGCUAUACGGCGCGGAGAUCCUCUUUGCUAUAUUGUGCCUCCAUGAGCACAGCGUGAUCUAUCGUGACCUGAAGCCUGAGAAUAUCCUCCUUACGGCGGAGGGGCACUGUGCCCUUGCCGACUUUGGCCUCUCGAAGGACUUCUACAACGAAAAAGAGGGUGCGGAAGCGACAGGCAAAGACAUGCGGGCGAACUCCUUUGUGGGCUCCCCCUUUUACGUCGCACCGGAUGUACUGAAGCAGAGCGAAUAUACCAACGCCGUGGACUUUUGGUCAUUCGGCAUUUUGCUAUACCGCAUGCUCUGCGGCCGCACCCCGUUCAACGGCAAGAGUAUGAAGGAGGUGUUCGAUAAUAUUCUCUACUCAGAUCUGCGUUUCCCCAGCAGCGUGCAGCUCCCACCCGAGGCAAAGGACUUGAUCAGCCGCCUACUUGUGAAGGACGCCAACCGGCGCAUAAAAGGACCGGAGAUCAAGGCGCAUCCUUUUUGGACAGGGCUCAAUUUCGAUGAGGUGAUGGCGAAGAAGGUGAAGCCUCCGAAGUGGACGCCGAUCCCACCUGUAGAGCAAAUGAUGGCCGAGCGUGCGAGUGCGGCUACCGCUGCUGCCUCCUCCAAGAACCCUGGACAAGUUGUUAAUACACCCGCGCAGUCGUCACAACUGAACGCGCGGCAGCAGCAGCUUUUUACGGGGUUUUCAUGCACAGCCGAUAAUCACUUGGGUAGCAACUAG